AUGAUUGUAUUUAUAUUGCUUAUUCUGAUUAGUGAAGCAAUAGAGACUAAACUCUUUAAAGAACAAAGAGUUAAAGAUGAUAAAGAGUGUCAAAAUCUAAGAGUUACGACACACACAAUUACUAAUAAUAUAAAUAAGUCUAAAAAUAAUGACUUUAGUCAAGAAGUAGAAGAAGAUAUUAGAGUUAGUAAAAGUAAUGUUUUUAGAACAAGUAAGAAUCUAAAACAUGGUACUAUUACUACUGAAGAUAUUGAAGCAGCUGAAAAUUAUUUUUCUACUGGUGACACUAAAAGACAGUACGCCAGUGAUAAUAUACUAUUAAAAGUUGAAGAAGCAAAACCCACACCCCAAGAAAAACCUUCAGUUACAGCAACAAAUACUCAUGAAGAAGAAAAGAGUAAAGGAAAUACUGAAGGUGGAGCACAGAAUGAAGCAACUACCAAAAAUAGUGAAACAGGAGAAUCUAAAAAACAAGAAGGGAGUGGAAAUGGUCAAACAAGUGAAGGAGAAAAUAAAGCAAUCAAAGGAACAGAAGUAAGUGGUGGAGGUAGUUCAUCAAACCAGAAAGUGUCAAGUGGAGAAAACAGUGCUGAAACUGGUGCACCUUCAGCAUCAGGAAGUGCAACAACAGGCAAGGGAGGAAAAGGGAGUGAAUCAGAACAUACAGUAGAGUCAGGAACGUCAGGACAAGGAGGUAGUGAAACUACAAGUGAAGGAAGUAAAGUGUCUGAAAAAACUGACGUGAAGAAUCAAGAAAGUGGUGGAUCACAGACUGUGGGACAAGAAGGACAAGGACAAAAAGAAAAUGGAGAGACUGGUGGAAAGACUGACAAAGGAAGUAGUGGAACAAGUAGUUCUCAAACACAAGAGCAAAACAGCCAAAACAUUAACGGAAAAGGAGAGGUGGGUGGUUCUGACUCAUCAGGAAAAAGUGGAAAAGAAGGACAACCAAGUGGUGGUGAAAAAGGAGAUUCUGGGCAAGAGGCAGGUAAAGAACAAAAAGAGCAAGCAGGAAAUGAAGGAGCAACUGGUGAAGGAAAAAAAGAAAGUGACAGUGGAGUAGCUGGUGAAGGACAAAAAGAAAAUGAGAAUAAAGGAAGUGUGGAUGAUAAUAAAAGUGAUAGUAAAGGAGGAGAUGGAGAAAAAGGAAAUGAUGGGGUAGCUGGAAACCAAGCAAAGGAUAACAAAGAAACUGAAGGACAAACAGAUAACAAUGAGCAAAAUAAUCAACAACAAAAUGAACAAAAUAAUACAAAAGUAGAUAAUAAUGAAGAACAUAAAGAUAAUAAAACAACAAAUACUUCUGAAAGCAAACCAGACAAUAAAACCGAUGUUGACUCAACUAGUUAUACAAAUCUUGAUUCUUCUUCUUCUGUAUUUCUUAUUCUUUCUAUUACACUCACAUUUUUAUUCUUUUAAUUGACUAUAUUUCUC